AUGCCAUACUUCGACACGAGCGCAGAGUGGUACGAGCAGUCGUCGCUCCUCCUCAAAGCGCGACCAACAUCCACACGCAUCACAUCCAAAUACUCGGUCCUAAAACCCACAUCUUCCAAGAUAAAGAAGCGCCAAAAGUACGACGAGAAGAGAGCCGCCCGAUCCGCCGACACAUCGCGUACGUCUUCACCGCCGCCGCAAUCGCAGAACCCCGAGGAAGUCACCGUCUUCUUUACGCUCAAGACGUACGAUCCAGAGUCGGGCACAUGUCUGCAGUAUGAGACGAACAAGGGCGCCGAGGUGGGCCGGCUGAUUGGCAAUCUGGGGAGAUUGGGGAGACACAUGGCAGCGCUGCCGGAGACGAUGGAGGAUUUGAGCAUGCCAGCUGGCGGAGAAGGCGCGUCUACACCGCAGGUCGACGAGGGUGGAGAUGUCAAGAUGGGCGGUGUACCCGCGGCUGGUACGGGCGGCGCGGGAGGCAAGAAAAAGAAGAAGGGAAAGAAAUGA